GAUAAUGGUUGAAAAUGUAAUUACUGAGACCGACUAUUCGGAUUAAUAAUUUCGAUUUUUCUGUAGAUUUGGAUAGCUUGGCUGUCCAGGUUUAUAUGGGUUAGUUUCGGAAUUAUUUCGAUAAUCGGUGAAGUGAAUAAAUAAUAAGACAAUUUAAUAAAGAUAGGCAUAAAUUAAAGAAAUUGUGUUAACUGCAACGUAUAUCUUGCAAGAAGAUUUAGAACAUUCAUACAGUUAAAGUGUCAUUUGUACAAAUUAGCAAGCAACCACAUGAAAGAUGGAACGACAUUUAGCAGCGAUGUUACUAACGAUUAUGCUUAUAUGUGGUUUACAAACUGUAUUUUCAAAAUCAUUAAUUACAAAAACGCAAACUCAAAAUGAGACACCACACGCAGUUCCAGCGGAUAAAGGACACAUUAGCGCAAGUUUGGUGGCAAGCUUGCAGACAGCAAUAAAGGAGAAUAGCAAGAAUGUUGCGGAAAGCACUGGACACAUUAAAGCAGUGCUGCCAGGAGUUGCAGAACAUGCCUUCAUGAAAGUCGAUCCAGAUGUCGGAGGCGCAACUUUCGUCAUACAAGGCCACAGCUCCCUCCACCUGUUUGACCCAAGUGACAUCGACCACCCAAGUUUCGAUCCCAGAUCCUUCCUCAAUAUGGUGUCUAAGCAAAGUGUUCAACCCGUGGAAAUAGUCCCGGUCACAGGAAUGCCGUACUUCAUGUUUAUGCCGGCAGAUGCGCUUAAGAAUGAGACGGAUCCUGGCUCCAUGAUUCCUGGUAUGCAAGGUCGGAGGAGAGUUAAACGUCACCACCCUAAUCUUUUACAAAGUGUGAUUGGGCAACUACAGAACUUUGCCCUGGUUCCUAUAAAGUCGGGAAAUGGUAAACUUAGGUACAUCUUGCUGAAGAAUCCGAAGUUUGUGAUCGGGAAGGUACCUCCGGGUAAUGACAUUGGAAACUCGGGCCCGGCUGUAAUACAGCUAGCCCCAAAUCCACCCGUCAGACCCAGACCGACAAAUCCACCCACAAGACAGAGGCAGAGACCGGUGCUAAGGUCACAGACACCGGAUGUGACAUUUUACCGCGACAGGCCUACCGUCCCUGUUGCUUCCCCAAUUGACUCAAUUUUCAACGGCGGAAGUGUUAGAAGGGCCACCGCCUCCAAUGCAAACGUCGGCCAUCUUGGAGUUCACAACCACAAUGUUGCAUCCGCUAUGGCGCCUAUGAGAGCCGCUCCAACCCCCGGUACACAGACUGUACAGAAAACGGAAGUAGUCGAAACAGUUGUUGAGACGUCUAAACAAGACGCCGCUUCUAGUGCAGCCAAACAAGAAGUUGCCGGCGCUGCGUCAUCGAGUGUUUCAAGUUCCGGUAUUGGAGGAACGGAAACCAAGACGGCAGCUGCAGAAUCUAAAGCCGCAGCUUCAUCAUCAGCCGCCGCUGCAACGGAGGCGAAGAGUGUAAAGAAAGUCAAGAAAACCACAACAACGGUUGUGCACUCCGCAGGCGGACAUCCGGCGUCCGGUUCCGCAGUUGGUGGUGUACAGGAGGUAACACAAGUCGUAGAGGAAGUUUCUCAGCAUCAAAACGCAAGUUCCGCUUCGGCGGCUUCUGCCUCGGCUUCGCAAGCAGCCGCCUCUGAAUCAAGCGCAACGUCCGGAAGUGGCGUCUCCAACGGGGCGUAUUCUUUAGUUGGUGAUACCGCCGCUGCUGUUGCUGCCUCGUCAAGCGUUUCGUCGGCUGCAGCAAGCGCCGCGGCAACAAACACUAGCACAACAUCAGUAAAGAAAACAACCAAAACAACGACUGUGACGAAACAAAAUGGCGCCACACCUGUCACAGGCGCUUACGAUGCUGCCUUUGCAGAGGUACACACCGGAAAUGGUGCAUCCAAGACGCCGACAGCUAUUUUGUCCAACAAUAACGAGAAACUGGGUGUUAUUGAUUCUAAAUCGGCCAUGAUUGCUACUGAAAGGCCGAGGGCUGUUGCUCCCAUAGUUGGUCGACGUGAACCUUCAAGCACAACUCCUCAGACAUCUACGGAGGAACAGGAAGUAGAAGGCGAGGAGGUAACCGUGGCAUCCUCGAGCGCUUCUCAAUACACAGACGUACGUGCGGUUGCGCGUAGCCCAAACAUCUCCAAUGCGCAUGCGCAGUACCGUCUGCCGCAAGGUGCGGUUGGAUGGGCGGCUUCAAACCCUGACACUGCCCUCGGGGCAAGUGGUCGUGUUAAUACGACAGAUGUACCAGUUGAGAUCGCACUCCUCCCCAACAACAACACACAGGUCGCCUACACCGUGCUAACUAAUGCACGUGAUCUUGGACAAAACAGCCAACCAGAAAUAAAUUUGUUAUAUAGACAUAAAAGAGCUUUGCGUGACUGGUAUGUUUAUUACACACGUACCGGAAAUGCACCCAAACGAGGUCGUAGACCUGGGGCUUCCCGCCCGGCCCCAUCGUCAAGAUCUAACCAAUCAAAGCGCGUCGCUGGUUGGUCGGGCGGUCCUGCUACACCGGAGCCCGCCCUUGGGGCCAACGACAGAGUUAACACAACGGACCUUCCCGAGGAAAUAGAAAUCCGUCCAGAUAAAACUCCUGCGGAGAGGCGUUUAGCCUACCGACUGAAAAAUCCAAAGAUCACGGAAGCUGAGAUACUGGCAAAGGAGAAAAAGAUGUUCGCUGCAAGAGCUAGGGCUAAUGCCAGGCAGGCGGUUCCCGUUCAAUUAGCUCCUCCCGUGUAUGCAACAUUACCGCCAGGCGCCACCGAUCCGCCACUGACACCAAAGCCAAAACCACCUGCUCAGAGACCACCUGCAUGGAAAUCACCUGCAAAAACCCUAACGGCUAAAAGACCACCUGUAAAUACGAGACCGCGUAAGACGUUGGUUGCUCAGCGUCGAGAAGCGGCAAUGAAAUUAAAUGCUAAGCCUACAUCUGCACGUAAGACGUUUACAUCACAGCGCCGAGAAGCAGCAAUGAAUUUAAACCCUAAGCCUAAAUCGGCGCCUAAGACGUUGACACAACAGCGUCAAGAAGCAGCAAGGAAAUUAAAUAUACAGCCUGUAUAUAACCCGACACCUCCCACAACUGCAGCAUAUCCGACAACUGACAUUUACUAUGCUACAGAUUCGACAAUGCAAAAUACGCCAGGGAAUUAUCCGACGUCGACACAGUAUUACUCCGAUUUCAAUAACAAUCGUGGUAAUAACUUGAAUGGGAACAACAAUAAUAACAAUCAACAAUUUAAAAUGAACCAGCCGCGACAACAGUGGUCUAAUCCAAAGCCACCGCAGCAACGACGGCAGGGACCACCACCACCACAAAGUUUCCAGUUGAAGCAGAUACAACAACAACCACAACAGCCUGUAGGUUGGAACAAGACUCCACCACAAAUGCAGAAUGUCAACCCUGUCCAACCAAUCAAACAACCGCCAAUCAUGGGCAAUACAAAACCUGUUUAUCAAGCACCACCACCUAUGCAGAAUUUCAAACCUGCUCCACAAAUGCAAAAACCACCAAACAUGGGCCACACGAGACCUAUUUACCAACAACCGCAUCAACAACAGCCGCAACCAAAUCAACCAAAAAGUUGGCAGCAGCAAAAAACACUGCCUAUUCAGCCAAAUAGUUGGCAGCAGCAAAAACCACCACAGAAGCAACAGCAAAAACCGCCACCAAACCAGCAAAAUAAUUGGCAGCAGCAUAAACCACCACAGAAUCAACAAAAUAUUUGGCAACAGCAAAAGCCGCCACCAAACCAGCAAAAUAAUUGGCAGCAGCAACCACCUCCGCAAAAUCCGCACAAUAAUUGGCAACAACAGAACCCGCCACCAAUCCAACAAAAUAAUUGGCAACAGCAACAACCACCGCAAAAUCAGCACAAUAACUGGCAAAAGCAAAAACCACCACCAAACCAACAAAAUAUAUGGCAGCGGCAGCCACCACCGCAAUUUCAACAGAACCAUUGGCAAAAUCAACGCCAACCUGCAAAUCAACAACAGCCAAAAGGCCAAAAUGGACGAACAGGGUACGUUACUGAGCCUAUGUACCCCGUGACUCAACCUCCUACACCACCUCCUCGUAGACGCAACAAUAGACGAAGGUUUAGAAACCCGCCCCAAAGAACUACUCUACCGCCAACGAUAGGAACAACUCUGCCUCAUCACUUUAAUUAUAUUGACGAAAUAUUGUCAAUUACUGGGAAUGUCUCCCCUUAAGGACGCGGUCGACGGCGUAGACCACCGGAGUAUAAUGAAGAAAUACCUGCCUUUCUGCAGCGUGAUCCGGUAACCAGGUGGUUUUUCAACAACAUGGAGGGUUCUGAGAUGAUGGAAUCUUUCAUGCCCUUCCUUGCAAUGGGAAAAUAAGACAGACAAAUAUAUUUGUUCACAAUAGGCAAUGUAAACAUAAAAUAUGUUUGUAAUGGAAAAUUGAGGUAUUACAUUUGAUCACAUCUUGAAAAUGGACCAUAUCGUUUACUGCAUUUAGAAAAGUUGAUUUGAUUUGGAAAACUGCAAAUCAAUGCCAUACCAUAGCAUGUGAGAUUUCAAAAAUAAAACAUACUUUGACGAUUGGAAAAUAAAACGUAACUUGUGUUCACACUGGAAUAAAAAAUAUGACUUUUUCGUCCAAUAUUCUUUUUCGUUUAUACUUAAGACAUUGCAUUUCUUUGCAUGUGUAAAAUUGCUUUUGAGAUAUUAGAAUCCUUCUUACCAUUCCUUGCCUUGAAAAUUAACAACAGUAACAUGUAUUUAUAAUGAGAAAACAAGAAUAUAACAUGUAUUUACAAUGGUAAUAUAGUACAUAACGUGUAUUUAAAAUGGGAAAAUAAGACAGUACAUGUAUUUACAAUCAUGGGAAAAUAAGACAGAGACAUGUGUUUACAAUUGGGGGAAAAGACGGUUACAUAUAUUAACAAUGAAAAAAUAAGACAUUAGAUUAUUACAAUUUGGAACAUAACACAAACAUGUAUAUGAAAUGGGGAAAUAAGAUAUUUACGUGUAUUUUACAAUGUGAAAAUGAGCAAUCACAUUAGAUUGUAUUGGGAAAAUGAGGCAAAAUCGGGAGACACUUUUUUGUUUGCAUUCAGAAAACAAGUUAACACUUAAUUGGAAUGGGGAAAGAGCAUUUCAUAACAUACCAUAACAUAAUAUCAUAUUUAUAUAAUAUAUACUUACAGUUUUAUAAUGAUAUAACAAACGUUCAGAAAAUAAAAACAAACAUGCAGUGCUGCAUUGAUUUCAACAAUAACAAAAACAAAACUUGCUUUGAUUCAAUAGUGACUUUUAAACAUUUUAUUAAACAAUUUUGGAUUACAUUUGGGAAACUUGUGCCUUAGAUGUUGCAAGUGGUGAUGCCUUUAUUUACUAUUGUAAAAAAGACAAUACAUUCGUUUGCAUCGCUCUUGUUUUUAUUUUGAGAAAUAAACACCAUUGAGGUGUUAGAAUCCUCGGAACCUUUCCUUACUGGUAAUUUUAGAAAAAAAAAGGUUUAAUACAUAACCUUUUUAUUGCACUGAGAAAUAUAUUUUGUCAUUUGUUUUAAUAAAAUAUGUCAUUUGACCAAUAAUAUAUCUAUCCAAAGUAUGUCAUAAAUCUCGAUAAAAUUUGAAUAUAAUUUCUAUUACUUGUGCUAUGUACAUAGGGUUUGCUGUAUGUAUUCUUUUGUACUUUUACUAUAAUUGGUGUUGUUGAUAUUGCGUUGUAUCGUUUCGUUUCAGUUCUGUUAAGUUUCCUUGAUAUUAUAUGUGCAUACUUUGUGCUUAAAUUUGCUUGAAAUUUAAUUUCAUUUAAUUCUUUUUCACGAUUGUGAUUUUACAGCGCAGUUUAAAAACAUAUUAAUUUUGCCUUUUUUGUCCACCUUUUAAAUACAAAUAAUGUUCACUAUUUCUGUUUUUUUUUUCCAUUUCAUCAAUAGGUAUUCAAAUCUGGUUUCGCGUCUAAUAAAUAAUUUGAUUUUGCGACAUCUAUUUUAAUCUGUCGGAUAUUAAUAUUGUGGCUAAUCAAUAAAUAAACAAGCAAUGAAUUUAUAUCGAUGUUAAUAUCUAAAAUGCCCAAACACAUUUUUAAAUCGUAAUGAUGGAUCGCUAACCUUAAAAUGAUUUCACGAUAUUUACAACGACAGUCAUUCGAUAUCUGAAAUGUAUGUGUUUUUUAAAGUAAUAUGUUUUAACGAUACUCUAAAAUGAAGAUAUUUUGCUUCAUAUUAAUAACUUUACAGAAUAAACAUAAUUUUGACACAUUUUAACAUUGACUUAAAGAUAUUCGUAUUCAAAUGUAAAUCUAUCAAAUAUUGACUGGCGUUUCUUCAAAUAAGUUAUUUAAAAUUUUAUUUUCAAAAAUUUCAGGAUGAACAUAAAUUCUAAGAGCUAGUUACGUUAAGAUUCAUCAUGUCUUUGAGAUUGAGAAUCGAUACAAUACACAAACGUGUCUUAACUAUAUAUUAUAUAUAUAUAUAUAUAUAUAUAUAUAUUAACCAAAAAACUUAUAAAUCAUUUUGUAACAUCGCAAUAUGUAUAUGACAUAGUAUGUCCAUAAUCAGUAACUGGAUGUAGCCUGAGAAUAUGCUAUG